AUGUCAUUGGCGCUUCUGCUAAAGGAUCCGUCUCCCUUUCCCCCAGACACCCACCCAAACGCCACGAUUGCAUCGCACGUGUUAGCAGACGGCGAAGGCAAGUUGGGGAAACGCAAACUGUCCAGCUCGGACUUCUCGCAACCGUCGAAGAAAAUCAUGGCGGAAUCCAAAGACGUCGAUAUGGAGACCAAGAUGCAGGUGGACGAUUCGGUCGUAGGCAACAACGAUAUCGAUGAGUCUCUGUACAGCAGACAACUCUAUGUGCUAGGACAUGAGGCCAUGAAGCGCAUGGGUGCAUCGAACGUGCUGAUUGUCGGCCUGAAGGGUCUUGGUGUUGAGAUUGCAAAAAACAUUGCCCUGGCUGGUGUCAAGAGUUUGACGCUCUACGACCCCGCACCCGCCGCCAUCGCCGACCUCUCCGCCCAGUUCUUCCUCUCCACUGAAGAUGUCGGAAAGCCCAGAGCGGCCGUCACUGCGCCGCGAGUAGCUGAGUUGAACGCAUAUACCCCAGUUUCCGUUCAUCAGUCAAAUGACCUGACAACGAACCUCUCCCAAUUCGAUGGCUACCAAGUCGUUGUUCUUACAAAUACCCCCAUCAAGGACCAGAUAAUCAUCGGAGACUACCUACACCAGAAGGGAAUCUACUUGGUUGUGGCAGAUACAUUUGGCUUAUUCGGAUCGAUAUUCUGCGACUUCGGCGACAAGUUCACUGUCAUCGACCCCACAGGAGAGACUCCAGCCACUGGUAUCGUGGCUAGCAUCGACGAGGAGGGCUUGGUGUCUGCUUUGGACGAGACCAGACAUGGCUUGGAAGACGGAGACUAUGUGACCUUCACGGAGCUGCAGGGAAUGGAAGCCUUGAACUCAGCAGAGCCACGCAAGAUUACCGUCAAGGGCCCAUACACGUUCUCGAUCGGAGAUGUCUCUGGACUUGGACAAUACAAGAGAGGUGGUAUGUUCCAACAGGUCAAAAUGCCCAAAUUCAUCGACUUCAAGCCCCUGUCUGUUGCACUCAAGACCCCCGAGUUCCUCAUCUCCGACUACGCCAAGUUUGAUCGCCCUCAACAGCUCCAUAUUGGAUUUCAAGCUCUGCACGGGUUCGCUGAGCAGCAUGGCCGUUUACCCAGACCCCAAAACAAGGAGGAUGCUGCGAUUGUGAUUGGGUCUGCGGAGGCUUUUGCAAGAAAAGAGGGUUUGGAUGUCGAGAUCGACAAGCAGUUGCUUGGUGAGCUGAGUUUCCAGGCAACUGGAGAUCUGAACCCUAUGGCUGCCUUCUUCGGCGGUCUCGCUGCUCAAGAGGUGUUGAAGGCGGUCUCUGGAAAGUUCACGCCCGUCAACCAGUGGUUGUACUUUGAUUCGCUGGAGUCGCUGCCAGAGAAGUCUCCUAGAUCUGAGGAGCUCUGCAAGCCUCUAGGCUCUAGAUACGAUGGCCAGAUUGCCGUAUUCGGAAGCGAAUUCCAAGCAAAGCUGUCAAAUGUACAACAGUUCUUGGUGGGCGCUGGUGCCAUUGGCUGUGAGAUGCUGAAGAACUGGGCUAUGAUCGGACUUGCCACUGGACCAGAUGGAAAGAUCAGCGUGACAGAUAUGGACUCGAUCGAGAAAAGCAAUCUCAACCGACAAUUCCUGUUCCGACCCAAAGAUGUAGGCCAAUUAAAGAGUGAUUGCGCAGCUGCCGCUGUGCAAGUCAUGAACCCGGAUCUGAAGGGUCACAUCGAGGCGAUGAGAGAUCGAGUUGGCCAAGACACGGAGCACAUCUUCCACGAGAAUUUCUGGACUUCGCUAGACGGUGUAACGAACGCUUUGGAUAACGUUGAUGCCCGAACAUACGUCGAUCGUCGCUGCGUGUUCUUCCGCAAGCCAUUGCUGGAGAGUGGUACUUUGGGAACCAAGGGAAACACUCAGGUUGUCAUCCCCAACUUGACCGAAUCAUACUCUUCAUCUCAAGACCCUCCGGAGCAAUCGUUCCCCAUGUGUACCCUGCGAAGUUUCCCCAACAAGAUCGAGCACACCAUUGCGUGGGCUCGUGAGUUGUUCGAGUCGUCUUUCGUCAAGCCUGCAGAGACUGUCAACCUUUAUCUGAGCCAGCCAAACUAUAUCGAGACAACCUUGAAGCAAGGAGGCAACGAGAAGGCUACUCUGGAGCAAAUUCGGGACUACUUGGUCGAGGACAAGCCUCUGAGCGUCGAGGACUGCAUCAAGUGGGCUCGAUUGCUGUUCGAGAAGCAGUACAACAACGCCAUCCAACAAUUGCUGUACAACUUCCCCAAGGACUCUGUAUCUUCUAGCGGAGCUCCCUUCUGGUCUGGACCAAAGCGUGCCCCUGACGCACUCAAGUUCGACCCGAAUAAUGAGUUCCAUUUUACAUUUGUUAAGGCUGGAGCAAAUCUUCAUGCUUUUAAUUACGGUAUCAACACCAAGGGCUUGGAUGAGGCUACAAUCACGAAGGUCUUGGACAACAUGAUCAUCCCCGACUUCUCGCCAAAUGCUGCAGUGAAGAUUCAGGCUGAUGAUAGCGAGCCGGAUCCUAACGCCAAUGCCUCUGCAUUUGAUGACAACUCCGAGCUCGAAAAGAUCAUCGAGAAGCUCCCACCACCAAAGCAACUGGCGGGCUUCAAGCUCACCCCCGUUGAAUUUGAGAAGGAUGAUGACACCAAUUAUCAUAUCGACUUCAUCACCGCAGCAAGCAAUCUCCGUGCUGAGAACUACAAGAUCGAGCUUGCCGAUCGACACAAGACCAAGUUCAUUGCCGGAAAGAUCAUCCCUGCGAUCGCAACUACCACCGCGCUCGUUACCGGAUUGGUUAUUUUGGAGCUUUACAAAGUCGUUGAUGGCAAGAAUAAGCUCGAGGACUUCAAGAACGGCUUCAUCAACCUUGCUCUCCCCUUCUUCGGCUUCUCGGACCCCAUUGCCAGCCCCAAGGCCGUCUACAAGUCACACACCGGCGACGUCGCCAUCGACAAGCUCUGGGACCGCUUCGAGGUCGAGGACAUCACUCUCCAAGAACUCCUCGACUUCUUUGAGAAGAAGGGUCUCACUGUUACUAUGCUCAGCUCGGGCGUUAGUCUCUUGUAUGCGAGCUUCUUCCCCCCGGCGAAGCUAAAGGAUAGAUACCCGAUGAAGCUUAGCGAUCUGGUGGCGCGCAUCUCGAAGAAGCCGGUGCCCGAGCAUCAGAAGGCCGUCAUCUUUGAGGUUUGCGUGGAGGACCAGACGGGCGAGGACGUCGAGGUUCCCUUUGUUACGGUGAAUAUGCGCAAGUAG